UACCAUUUCCAAAUACGAUUUUAUCUGCUUAAAUUGUUGAAAAUACAUCGGAAUUCAGUAAAAAGUAGCAACAGUAAUACCCGAGUAUCGACUGCAUUGCGCGAACGCGUCGGGUCUCUUCUCUACUGGUACGGUCGGCAAUUGCGAUGACGAUCUUCAAAUUGGAACGCUUUCCGCACGUCUGCCGGGCUUGUUUGCAGCCGAAGGCCGAGAACCAGAUGACCGUCCUCGGCGAACACAGCAAAAAACAUGGCAACAAACUGAGCGAUGUGCUGGACGAACUGACCUUUCCCCUUCCGGAGGAAUUCAGGCAUGUGGCUCCGAAUGGGAUAUGUGACGGUUGUCUGGAACAGUUGGACCAGUUCCUGACAUAUAGGAAGCGGUUGAACUACGUUUUGAAGUUUAUUUUCGGAUUGGCUCAAGUGAAGAAAGGAAAUAAGUCGACGCUGGAGGAGCUUUUUACACAGCAGCAUGAGUACGUUCUGGAGCUUCUGAAGGAACUGGGUAUUUUCGAGGGGAAUGAACUGUGUCUGGAGGAUCUGCUGGAUGAGUUUUCUCAGUACGACAUUAGUUCGAUGGCCGAUGUGAAGCAUGAAAGUCGCGAUGAUGAAAGCAAUGAUUUCAUGGAAGAUUCCUUGAUAAAGGUGGAGGUGGAUGACACUGGAAUGAUCGUUGAAUAUUUGGAAACGGCCGUGAAGCGGAAGCGAGGUCGUCCGAAAAUCAUAAAGAAGGAGGAUAAGCUUAAGAGGAGACCCGGUCGACCGAGAAAGGUUGCUACUGAAGAGGAUGAGUCGGAAGAGGAUGAUAAGCCGCUGAAACGGUUGAAGACGUCGAGAUCCUCCGAUGCUGGCGAGGAAGAUGACGAGGAUGAAGUUCAGUUGUACGAGAAUGAUUUGAUUGAAGAACGGCUGUCCCAUGCAUCGGAACACUUUGCCGAUCAGGAUCUGUCGGAAAUGCUGGAGAACACCGACAGUCAGCUGCAGGAUGAGGAUUCCGACGGAGAUUUUCAGCUGGAUGAGUCGUUGAUGACACAGAACAAACAGAGAAAGCACGGUAAACGCCUGUCGGUGAAGGGCCACAGAAAGGGUGAUCUGCAGUAUUGUGACAAAUGCAAGUUUAAGACGUAUUAUCCGCGUACGUUUGAGGUGCAUAUGGAGAAGCAUUUGAAGAGGGAACAAUACCCAUCCUUGCAGCGUUGCAAGCGGUGCGACAUGGAGUUCGAAACCAAGAAGGAACUGGACAAGCACAAACGGCUCGAGCACAGGGACUACAUGUGCGACACCUGCGGGCUAUCGUUCGAGCAAAAGUUCGCCCUGGAAACGCACCGGAAGCGUCACGAGAGCGUACGGCAGUUCAAAUGCGACUACUGUCCGAUGGAGUACUACACUCGCCCGGAGAUGCUGCUGCACAUCAAACAGGUUCACCUGAACGCAUUCGAGGUCAAGUGUCCGGAGUGUGGACUUAGCUUCAAGACCAAAUCCACCCUCAACCAGCACAUCAAGACGCACACGAAUCAGCGGACGCACACCUGCAGCGUCUGUGGGUACGGAUUCAAAUCGUACACCCACCUGAACAGGCACAUCAAGUCGGUUCAUCAGGACGUCCGGUACAAGUGCGACCAUUGCGAGAUAUCCUACGGCCGGAAGGACAAACUGCGCAUGCAUAUGGAAAAAGUCCACAAUAUCCAAACAUACUUUGUCUGUGAUAUUUGCUUGCAGUCGUACAAUUCCAAAGACAAGCUGGACGAACACAAGGUUCACCACGAGAAUCCGAAACCGUUGCAGUGUGGUAUCUGUUUGGCAGCGCACAUGAUGCAGGAGGAAUUCGAUCUACAUCUUUGCAUCACUUACAAGGAUAACUACGUCUGCUGCAACCGGGACUUCAAGUUUCACUUUUACUACAAUAAGCACAUGUUCUUGGCUCACGGUCUCAAGACCAACGUCCGCGUGAAACCCGCCGAAGGGCUUUUGCUAGGGCAACUGCGAGCUAUGAGGAAACAAGCGGAACGUUGCCCUAGAUGCGAGCAGGAGUUUCAAACUCGCAACCAAAAGAAGCAGCACAUGCUUUCGUGCCGGGGACCAGGUACUACCGCCACCACCAUUGCAGCAACAGCAGCACUGGGAACGUCGAAUGUCGAAGCAGGUGCAGUGCUGCCAGUGUCAGUUUCGGUGCCGGUCGGUGCACCCCUGUUGGCAGUUCCGAACGCUAACGUCUCUCCGACGUACGAGAUCGAGUACAUUGAUAACUACGAUACGGACGAGAUCGUGCACAAGGUGGAAGUGGUGUAAAACGGAGCCUUGGAUUGUAUUGAUAGUUCGUUGUUGAGAAUGAAAGUGAAUUAAGUGAAUAUAGAUUUAGGAGGUACAUGUCGUGUAGUGUUAGGAUUUUACUGUAGCCAUCGCUAAAGUAUGGUAAUAAAUGCUUGUCGC